GUCACGCUGCAAGACACGCCCCCAUCCGGGGAUAUGACACGCACUCCUUCUCCAGCAUGGCGGCUGCAGGUAAAAAGAUUAAGAAAAAGGGUAAGACCCUUACCCUGACUGACUUUUUAGCAGAGGACAGCGGGGGAAAUGCUCCGCCGAGUUAUGCGCCCACAAAGCCCACAAGCUGGGCCGAUGAGACCGAUGACCUGGAGGGAGAUGUUACUACAUCCUGGCACACAGAAGAGGAGGUGUAUCGUGCGCCGCCCAUCGAUCGGUCCAUUCUGCCGACGGCUCCACGUGCCGCCCGUGAGCCCAACAUCGACCGCUCCCGUCUGCCCCGCAGCCCCCCUUACACCGCCUUCCUGGGCAACCUCCCCUACGACGUCACUGAGGACUCCAUCAAAAACUUCUUCCGUGGACUCAGUAUCAGUGCAGUUCGCCUCCCAAGGGAGCCCAGUAACCCAGAACGGCUGAAAGGCUUCGGGUACGCAGAGUUUGAUGACGUGGAUUCUCUGUUGCGUGCACUCAGUCUCAAUGAAGAGAACCUUGGAAACCGUAGGAUCCGUGUAGACAUCGCUGACCAGUCCAAUGAGAAAGAGAGAGACGAGCGCUCUGUAUCCGGGUGGGAUCGCAACCGUAGUGAGCGAGACAUGGGCCCAGACAAGACCGAUUCUGACUGGCGUGCAAGGCCUAAAUCUGACUCUGAUGACGGUCCACGCAGGGACGACGCAUUUGCAGAGCGAUCCCGAGAUCGUUAUGAAUCAGACCGUUACCGUGAUGGCCAGAGGUGGGACAAUGAUGGAGGAAGAGACAGAUACCGGGAACGUUAUGAUGACAGAGAGCGCAGAGACUAUGACAGAGGUUAUGAUUCUCGCAGUGGGGGUCGUCGACCAUUUGGAAGUGGCUUUCGGCGUGACUAUGAUGACCGACGGGACGACAGACGGGGCAGCGGGGAGCGCUAUGGAGAUCGCUAUGGUGACCGUGAAGAGAGAUGCGAGAGACGGGAUGAGAGGCUCGAGGACAGAGGUGGUCCACCUCAGAGGCCUAAACUGAACCUGAAGCCCCGCAGUGUUCCCAAAGAGGAAGACCAGAGCAGCGGCCCUUCAGCCUCAUCGGGACGAGCUGCUUCCAUCUUCGGAGGAGCCAAACCGGUGGACACGGCAGCUAAAGAGAGAGAGGUGGAGGAGAGGCUAAAGAAAGAGCAGGAGAGACUGCAGAGGCAGCUGGAGGAGGACAAGAGCAGAGGACCUGAACGCAAACCCAGAGAGAGGCAUCCCAGCUGGCGCAGUGAGGACCAAGCAACCGAGCGCUCACGAACAGGAAGUGAGUCAUCACAAACAGGAAACACAUCGAGCAGGGCGCCGAGGCGUCGGGAGAGUGAGCGCUCUGUAGAAAACGAGGUUUUCAGCAGCCGUGACGAGGAUUCAUCCUCACAUGGAAACCAGACUACUACUUCCAAGCAGGAGGGGCUGCCGCUGAAAGUUGUCCCGGCACCGCCACCUAAGGAGAACCCUUGGGCGAAGAGGAGCGCCAUGAGUGCAGGAUCCAGCGAGAGUGAUAGUAAACCUGUCGUCUCUCCCAGCAGUAGCGCUCCACCCAAAAGUGCAGCAAGCUCAGCUGAUGCUCCUCAAAGAAAUAAAGAUGAAAACAAAGCAGAUGGGGUGCGCCGGGACCGGGGCCCCUCUCGGGGGCGUGGUGGGGCCUCGGGCUCUGGGGCAUGCAGGGGGCGUGGAGAAGCAGCCAGCCGAGACCGAAGGAAGGAGACAGGAGACAGAAAGGACGCGAGAAGAGAGCGAGAUCUCAGAUCAGCACCAGAGCCAAAGAAAUGUGAGGAGCCUCCCAGUCCUAAAUUCAGCUCAGCCAGUAAAUACGCGGCCUUGCUGAUGGACGGGGAGCAGGGAGACGAAGAGGAGGGCGGAGAUUAGGAGGUGGAUGGACUGCACAGAUGACAGUCUAAAUCGAAUUACAAAUUAAACCUACAGCUUUUGUUUCAUGCAGCACUGAAGGACCCA